UAUAUAUAAAGAUAUAAAAUAAAGACGCGUAAGAAAUUAAAUAAAUUUCUAACCAUACAACACAACCGAGUUCAAAUCACGAUCAGCUGUAACAAACGCGAACGAAUCGCCCACUAUCAGUCGACAUUUUAAACAUUGAAAAACCAGAGGGCCCGUAAUUUCUUGCAAUACGCGAUUAUGCUGAGGCGGUGGCUUGAUAGAAUUCGGUUUGUUCGCUUGAUCCUGUAAAAUAAAUAUUUACAAAAGAUUUGUAUAUAAAAUUAUGAUUACAAAUUAAAAAUAGUUUACCAUUUAUUAAUCUAAUUCGUUAGUAACUAUUAUUUUUUUUAUUUGUCGUUUUAAUUGAUAUCGCGUAAAAAUAGCAUGUCAUAUGAAUAUCACGUGCGUUUAGUACACAUAUAAAAAUUAUUGCAGCACAUUUCACUUUUCAAAAAUUUAAAAAUUUAUCACGAUGGCAGAAAGUUCAAAUAAUAAUAACCCAGCUCCAACAACAACACAAGGUAGCGAGCAGUCUACAUCAACAGGUGCUCAAAGCAAUGCGGGUACAAGAUCAACAACAUUACCAAUAAGUGAUUCAUCAACAAAUACUACUAUUGGAAGUUCUUCUGCUACCUUGACAACAAAUUCUCCUUUUCCAACAACUGCUUUUCCUUCUAGUUCACAAAGUUUCGCCCAAACGUCGACUAUGAAACCUUCGUUUGGUGCUCCAAUUUCUUCAACCACACAAUCUUCAUUUCCUUCAUUUAGUAAACCAACUGAAUCCACGACUGGAGGUGCAGCAGCUGGUUCUAGUUUGCUUAAAGAUAAUACAGCAACGCAACAAAGCGGUAGUGCAUUCGGCGGUUUUAAUAAUAAUGGAACAGCGCCUUUUGGUGGUGUUACAGCUGGAUUUGGUAAACCAAUAAGUUUUGGAGUCGCAAAUCAAACGACUGCAAGUCAAACAACUGCAACAACUGUAGGACCUUCAUUAUUUGGUUUUCCAAAAACAACGUCACCUCCUACUACUGUCUCAACUCAAGCCCAAUCGCCGUUCAGUACUGUUACUAAUACUCAGAGUUCAGCUAAACCAUUUGGAUUCACGACAUCAUCUACCGGAACAACUCAAUCAGGAUUUACUGGUUUCGGAAAUCCAUCAUCAUCAUCAUCUACUGCAACAACCACUCAACCAGCAUUAUUUGGUUUCGGAAACCCAUCAUCAUCAUCUACUGCAACAACCACUCAACCAGGAUUUGCUGGUUUUGGAAACCUACCAUCCACUACAACGACAACCCAAUCAGGAUUUGGUAAUUUCGGAAACACAUCAACCAAUACAACGACGAAUAAACCUGGAUUUGGUAAUUUCGGAAACACAUCAACCAAUACAACGACGAAUAAAUCUGGAUUCGGUUUUGGACACAUACCAUCAACUGCUGCGACGACGACUAAGCCUGGAUUUGGUUUCGGAAGCCUAUCAUCAUCCACUACAACGACGUCACAAUCAGGACUUGCUGGUUUCGGAAAUCAAACUUCUUCUACUUCUGCAGCUUCAACUCAAGCUCAAUCAUUUGGUGCUGCUACCACUGCUCCUACAUCACCCUUUAGCAGCUUUGGUGGCACUGCCACUACAAAGUCAGCAUUCGGAUCGUUUGGAAAUACAAAUCAAACAACAUCUGCCGGAUCUCAAUCCACAUUACUUGGAAGUUUCCGACAAAGUAGCGCCACCGCAUCAACAAUUUCUGGAGCAGGUUUAGGGUCUAUCGGAAAUAUUGCAACUACUUCCGCACCUGCUUCAGCUACAGGUUUUGGUUUCGGUAACCCAAGAACAACCAAUACGUCUCCUUUUGGAAAUUUAAAUAAACCAAGCGGUAUGACGACUCCAACAUUACAGACUGGAUUUAGCCUUACAACUACUACAUCUCCGAGUCAAAGUUCAAAUCUUGCGUCUAGAAUUGGUGGUUUAUCAUCCACUCAAUCAACUACACAAUCAACUACUGCGAGACCAUUUUCAGCAUUUGGUACAAGCACAACUACCACUAUUGCUCCGUCAAUUUUUCCUUCAACUUCAUCUUCAUUGAAAGCACCGUCUUUAUCUAUAACAAAACCUCCUUCAAUUAUACCACAGACUACAUCUACUGGGCUUUUUCCGACUUCAUCAACCACACCGUCUCAAUUUAGGCCAACUUUACAAACAUCAUCCAGCAGCAACAUAAAUUUUCCAGCAAGAACAUCUACUACGGUUGGAACAACGUCACAAUCAUCAACUGAAAGCAUACCAUCUUCUUCAGCUUGGCUAAAGAACAGUAACAUUGAAACUAUAAUUAAUAGAUGGAAAAAGGACCUGGAUACUUCCCUCAAGAAAUUUCAUAAUCAAGCAAGUCAAUUAAGGGAAAAGGACCAAAAGAUUAUUGAAAAUUCUGGAAGGGUGAUUAAUAAUUUAAAAAACGUUAUUAAAUUUAUAAAUAGAAGAUCUGAUUUUUUUUUGGUAUUAUUAUAGAUUGUUAGAUUAGAAGAAGAAUCAACAAAAGCUGAAUUGCUCCAGUCUGAAAUAGAUGCAGGUCUGGAUAGUAUCGCGAGACGCCAGGAUGAUCUUGAAAAGAUGUUGUCAGAGUAUGAAGUGAAAUUUUCAGAACCAGUACUGGAUAGUACGAAACCUUUAGACAAAGAGAGGGAGAAGAAUUAUGAUAUGGCCGAAGAAAUCAACCAAGAAUUAGGUGAAAUGAGUCAAGUUUUGUCCACCAUUAUUACUGAUGUAAAUCGAAAUAUAAUAAAACCUUAUGUUAUUGAUGAAUCAAAUGGAAAUCAAGAUAAAGAAGACAUAGAGGAGGACCCGGUA